AUGUCUGCACAAACACUCUUUAGAAUUAAUACUGGUUGUGGUGGGCGUACCAAACUAUCAAAUGUUGGUCGUGUUUUCAAUUCUAUACAGAGCAUCAAUCAUAAUAGCAAUAAUGCAUUAAUGAUUCAAAAUCGUAAUGUCCAGGUCCAAGUAAGGAGAAAAGGGCCAUCUGAUAAUUCAGAAUUAAGAAGAGAAAGGAAUGAGGAUCAGAUUGUAUCAAGAAAUGAAUAUGUACCUGCCAACUUUGAAGACAUAACAUCAAUCGCACCACAUACUAUGAAAGCUUUAAAAGAAGUAUUUAGAUAUCAAUCAAUGACAAAAGUUCAAGAUGCUGUGUUAUCCCAGUUACCAAUCGAAGGUGACAUGUUUGUAAAGGCUAAGACUGGUACUGGAAAGACUCUGGCCUUUCUAAUUCCAGCAAUAGAAACAAUGCUUAGGAAUACUGAUAGUAAAGGCCGAAAUGAUAGAAUAGUCUCAAUUAUGAUUCUUUCACCUACUCGUGAACUUGCACAACAGAUUGCAACUGAAGCACAAAAAAUUGUAUAUUAUCAUCCAUUUGAGGUUCAUUGUUUAGUAGGUGGUGAAAGAAGAACGACACAAGUUUCAAAAUUAAUGAAAAAGAGAGUCGAUAUAGUUGUUGGUACUCCUGGUAGAAUUUUUGAUUUGUUAACCACCGAAAAAUUUUUUAACAGGCAAUGUCAAGGAAUUAAAACACUUAUACUGGAUGAAGCAGAUCAAUUACUUGACAUGGGAUUCCGUGAUGCAAUUGAAGACAUUAUUUCAUGUUUUCCAAAAGAGCGUCAAACUUUUUUCUUUUCAGCAACUGUGUCAAAAGAAAUUCGACAAGUCGCUAGGUUUGCAUUAAACCCAGACCACAUGUUUAUUGAUACAGUUGAUCCAAACGAUGUUAACACAAAUCUUCAAGUCAAACAAUCAUACCUUGUCUCACCAUACACGUCUCAACUUCACAUCAUUCGUAAAAUAAUCGCUGAUCAUAAAUUGUUACAUCAAAAUACAAAAAUAAUAAUGUUUUUACCAACCAAAUCACAAACCAUCCUUUAUGCAAGUUUUAUUCGAAGUCUUCGAGAUUUAGAAGUGUUUGAACUUCAUUCCGGGAAGACACAAGAUUAUAGAACCAGAAUCUCGGAGAGGUUUCGUAGAUGUUCUCGUGAUGCAAUCCUUGUUACAUCAGAUGUUUCUGCUCGAGGAGUUGACUAUCCAGGUGUAACAUUGGUGCUUCAGAUAGGUGCACCAUCUUCACGCGAACAAUAUAUUCAUCGGCUUGGCAGAACAGGUCGUGCUGGUAAAGAAGGUGAAGGUAUUAUAUUGUUGGCACCAUUUGAGGAUAAAUUCAUAUCUCAGAUUAAGGACUUGCCAAUAGAAAAAAUAAAUAUGUCUGGAAUUGAGCCUGACGCAGCUGUUGAAAAAACCAUCAAUAUGAUUGAUCCCGAUGAUGUGCAUUCUGCAUGUGGAUCUUUCCUCGGAUAUUAUGCAGGAAAAUCCAGUACACAUUUAUUUGGUAAAAAUAGUUUAUUACCAGCAGUUGAAGAACUUGCUAGAUCUUUUGGAACCGAGUCAAGAAUAAGCGACAGUUUAUUAGAAAAAAUUGGACUUGGCAGUAGUAAUAGACAAAGCGGUGGCAGAGUACUAUAA